UCAACUUCCUGUCUGUAGAUUGCUUGGCUGGAUCAAGACCUAGGCUUGUAAUGUUUACCGUAGGGCCUAUGGGCACUGGGCGCCGACUGCAGGCUACUUCAACUGUGACAAGCACGUCUGCCAUAUUAGUUCCAACACCGUCAUCAGUGCUUUCCUUACCACCUCACAAGAGUAGGCAUACAAGCUAAAAGAGAUUCCAAUUCCUCAUAAUCAAUCAAGCCAAUGACAAUGACCAAUGAUUUGUGGAGCUAGAUCUAGAGUACUGUCUGGGCAAUCGAGAUCUAAAUCUAGAUCUAGACCUGUUUUUAUGGACUUUCAAAUUUAGUUUCCUUCACCCAGUCCCAGUGUUUUUCCCGGAUUCAUUCAUUUUGUGUAAUUUUGCCUGUAGUAGCCUUCUAUUCCCGAAGUUUUAGGAAGCCUUAUUUACGUAACACUGUGCUAUAAUUUAUUGCGUUGGGUUUCAGAACUGAAAUUGAACUUACUCCAUGACUGAAACUCUUCCUCUACCUCAAUCAAAAGAUCUUGGUGCAUCAAAGUCAAAGUUUUUCUUUCAACAUUCAAGUUCUACAUUGUCAACUUUUGAUUAUUCAUAAUGUCUGAAGGCAUCUGCAGAACACCCCUCUGGGAUACCAACGUGACUUGGGACACAACCACCCCAGACUUCACACCCUGCUUUCAAAAGUCUAUCUUGGCCCUAAUACCAUGUGCUUUCCUUUUUCUCAUGGCACCAAUUCGGUUGUAUCUGCUGUUUCGAAAGCGCAACCAAAAAAUUGGCUGGAAUUGGUGCAACAUACUCAAAGUGGUGGUGACUUGUGUACUUAUCGCCUUUGCUGCCUUUGAGUGCAUAUUUGCAGGCAUUGAGAAAGGCCAAGGGGAUGACAUUGCUAUCAUUGACAUCGUCUCUCCUCUCAUAGUCAUGUUUACCAUGAUGCUGGCUCUGUUCAUUUUGGGAAUUGAGCGCAAGAAAGGUGUACGAAGCUCAGGUGUCUUGGUCUUGUUCUGGCUGUUGUUCUUGUUCUGUGGCUUCCUGCGACUCAUUAGUGUCAUUCGACAAGCAUCUAGAGAGGAUGAUGUUCCUCCUUCCAUUUUCAUUCACUAUCCGUGCUUGUUGUUUGCAUUCAUACUGAACUUGUUUGUAGAUGAUCCUCCUCAAGUUGGAGACGGAAGUGAAGACCAAAAUCCGAGUCCAGAGAAGAAUUCAUCUUUCUUGUCGCAGAUUACUUUCUGGUGGUUCACCAGUUUGAUAGUCCAGGGCUACAGGAGACCUCUGACUCAAGAUGACCUCUGGUCUCUGAACAAUGAAGACAAGACGGAAUACUUAGCUCACAAAUUCUAUAAGAAAUGGAAUCUUACGAAAGAGGUAAAUCCGUCACCAGUAGCAAACGGUGAUAUACUGGAGACCAGCUUUAUCUACAAAGAAGGGAGUGCUAUUCUUGCUCCAUACAAUCCCCACCUGGAUGAGUCAAAGACACCAAAACGUAGCUUGUUCUCGGCUCUCGUCCGGACCUACUUUUGGUCCUUUAUGAUGGCAGCUGCAUUCAAGUUUAUCUAUGACUGUUUGGUGUUUUUGAGCCCCCAGUUGCUGAAACUUCUCAUCCAGUUUGUCAGCUCAGAGGAGUACACCUGGCGGGGCUACUUCUACGCCUCCUUGCUGCUCUUCAUUGCUCUGGUGCAGUCCAUCCUGCUUCAUCAGUACUUCCACGCUACCUUCCUGCUGGGAAUGAGGCUGAGGUCGACUAUAAUUUCGGUCAUUUACAGAAAGACUCUACGUCUGUCGAAUGCAGCAAAGAAGACAUCCACUGUGGGUGAGAUAGUCAACUUGAUGUCAGUAGAUGCCCAGCGCUUCAUGGACCUGACCACGUACCUACACAUGUUCUGGUCGGGGCCUUUCCAGAUCAGCGUGGCUCUGUACUUCCUGUGGCAGACUCUGGGGCCAUCUGCCUUGGCAGGAAUCGGUGUCAUGAUUCUGCUGAUCCCCAUCAAUGCUGUCAUUGCUCACCUGACUCGAAAGUAUCAGAUAGAACAGAUGGUUCUGAAGGAUGCUAGAAUCAAACUGAUGAACGAAGUUCUCAAUGGCAUCAAGGUGCUUAAGCUCUAUGCUUGGGAAGGCUCCUUCCAAGACAAAGUCCUCGAGAUCCGAAACAAAGAGCUGCAUGUGUUGAAGAAAGCUGCUUACCUCAAUGCUACCAGUUCUUUCUUCUGGACUUGUGCUCCUAUUUUGGUGUCAUUGUCUACUUUUGCUGUUUACGUCAUGUCAUCCGAGGACAACAUUCUGGAUGCAGAAAAAGCCUUUGUGUCUCUUGCACUCUUCAAUAUUUUGCGGUUCCCCUUGUCGAUGGUACCAAAUGUCAUCACCAAUAUGGUGCAGGCCAAUGUGUCCCUGAAGAGGCUUCAAGCAUUUGUGGACAACACAGAACUAGACGCCGAAUGUGUGGAGAAAGAUGAGUUCCUCAAGCCAUCCAUCAAGAUUGAAAACGCCAGCUUCAGUUGGGAAGAAGGGAACACCACUCUUUCAAAUAUCCGUUUGGAAGCAGAGGAAGGAUCCCUUGUGGCAGUUGUGGGAGCUGUGGGAGCUGGGAAGUCUUCACUUUUGGCAGCGAUGUUAGGAGAGAUGGACAAGAUCUCUGGUACUGUCAGUACACGGGGUUCUGUGUCCUAUGUAGCUCAACAAGCCUGGAUUCAAAAUGAGACUUUGCAGAACAAUAUUCUAUUCAACAAGCCUUUGGACUCAUCUAUGUAUGAGGAAGUGGUGGAUGCCUGUGCACUGCGUACUGACCUCAGCAUUUUACCUGGUGGUGAUCAGACAGAGAUUGGAGAGAAGGGCAUCAACCUUUCUGGUGGUCAGAAGCAACGGGUGUCCUUGGCUCGAGCCGUGUACCAGGACACGGACGUGUAUCUCAUGGACGACCCGCUGAGUGCUGUUGACUCUCACGUUGGGAAACACUUGUUUGACAAGGUCAUAGGGCCCAACGGCAUGCUGAAGGGAAAGACAAGAAUUCUGGUCACCCAUGGCAUUGGCUUUUUGCCCCAAGUGGACAAGAUAGUGGUACUAGUCAACGGCUGUGUGUCAGAGACUGGAUCAUUUUCUGAGCUGAUGAGUCAUAAUGGGGCAUUUGCAGAUUUCCUUCGCAACUACCUUACAGAAGAACUGGAAGAAGGAGAUGGAGGGGUGCAAGAUGAAGAAGGGCUGUCCAGGACUGGCUCUGAGGUGAUGAGCAUCCGAGAUGAGAUCUUGUCUCAGCUGGGUUCACAGGUGGAUGACAGUAUCACCUUACAGAAGCAGGUCUCCAUUAUCAGCGAUCGCUUGCGCACUGAGUCUGAGAUGUCCAGGGGCAGCAACACGUCGCUGAACCACACAACCAGCUCUCCAGGGCUCAAACGAAGAAACAAGGUGUCGGACAGGAUGGCAAACGGGGAGGAGGAGAAGUUGCUGAAGGAACAUGAGAAGAAAGAUGAUGAGAAACUAGUCAAAGUCGAAUCCGUUGAAACAGGAAGGGUGAAGAUGUCUGUGUUCCUGGCCUAUCUGCGUGCGGUGGGCCCUGUGCUCACCGCCCUCAUCAUCAUGUUCUAUGUCCUGUACAAUGGGGCUAGCAUCUACUCCAACAUCUGGCUGAGUCAGUGGAGCAACGACGCUCGCAACCCCAACAUCACGAAGGAUGAGGACAACCGCAACAUGAGGCUCGGCGUCUAUGGAGCUCUGGGCUUGGUUCAAGGUAUAAUGGUGUACAUCACAGCGCUGAUGCGCAUGCUGGGGGCAGUCAAGGCCACGGGGAUGCUCCACCUGGGUCUGCUGCUAAAUGUGCUGGCCAGCCCCAUGAGCUUCUUUGACACCACGCCCACUGGCCGCAUCGUCAAUCGCUUCAGCAAGGAUGUAGACACACUGGAUGUGAUCAUCCCCAUGAUCUUUGGGAUGUUCCUUAUGUGUUUCUUCAACACCUUGUCCACCAUCCUGGUCAUCUCCUUCUCCACACCGCUGUUUCUGGCCGUCAUAGUUCCACUGAUGGUCUUCUACUAUUUUGUCCAGAGAUUCUACGUGGCGUCCUCGAGACAGUUGAAGAGGCUGGAGUCUGUGAGUCGCUCUCCCAUCUACUCUCAUUUUGGUGAGACCAUCACUGGGGCCAUGACAAUCCGUGCAUUUGGUCAGGAGGCACUCUUCAUUAAGGAGUCACAGGACAAGGUGGACCUCAACCAGAUCUCUUACUUCCCCAGCAUUGUGUCCAACAGGUGGCUGGCUAUCCGUUUGGAGUUUGUGGGAAACUUUAUCAUUUUCUUUGCCUCAUUGUUUGCUGUCAUUGGCCGUGACCACCUGAGCCCUGGCAUUGUGGGGCUUUCCAUCACCUAUGCUAUGAAUGUGACUCAAACGUUAAACUGGAUGGUGCGCAUGACCUGUGAGCUGGAGACCAACAUUGUGGCUGUAGAGAGGAUCAAGGAGUACACUGAGACCCAAACAGAGGCUGACUGGGUUAUUGAGGGCAAGCGCCCGUCGGCAGAGUGGCCGGAGAAAGGAGUGGUCAAGUUCAAGGACUAUAAAGUCCGUUACAGAGAAGGUUUGGACCUGGUACUUAAAGGCAUCGAUUGUGAGAUAAAGUCUGGGGAGAAGAUUGGCAUUGUGGGGAGAACUGGAGCUGGUAAAUCUUCCCUUACUCUGGCCCUGUUCCGAAUCAUAGAGGCCGCUGGAGGUAGCAUCAGUGUUGAUGGAAUAGACAUUUCUACCAUUGGGCUUCAUGACCUGCGGUCAAAACUGACCAUUAUUCCUCAGGAUCCAGUCUUGUUUUCCGGCACGCUUCGGAUGAACCUGGAUCCUUUUGAGAAUCGUACCGACGAGGACAUCUGGUCUGCUCUGGAACAUGCUCACCUCAAGACUUUUGUGUCCGGGCUGGCCGAAGGCCUUCUGUUUGAGUGCUCUGAGGGUGGUGAAAAUCUGAGUGUCGGUCAACGUCAGCUGGUGUGCCUGGCCCGAGCUCUCCUCCGGAAGACUCAGGUUCUUAUCCUUGACGAGGCCACUGCGGCUGUAGACCUGGAGACUGAUGACCUCAUCCAGGCCACCAUCCGCACAGAGUUUGAGCACUGCACUGUGCUCACCAUCGCCCAUCGCCUCAACACGAUCAUGGAUUACACAAGAAUCAUGGUCCUGGAUGCCGGCACGAUCCACGAGUUUGACAGUCCUCAGGCCCUGCUGCAGGACACAUCAUCUGUUUUCCACAGCAUGGCCAAAGAUGCUGGUCUAGUCUAGAAUUCUAACUUCAUUGUCUGCAUCUCAAGCAAGCUGAUCUGCCAAUGUGUAAAAACGUACUGUUGUGUGUCCAUGAUGUUAAUUUCACCCAGUAAAGGAGCUAUGUGCUGUACUGGGGGGUUUUCCAAGUUGUAUUCUGCUGGAUAUGCAUGCAUGCAAUUGGGUCAUUUAUAGUGAUCGCCUUUGUUUUCUCAAUACUCUUAAGGUGGACAGAUUGUCACUUCAAAAUUCUCAUAUCUAAAGUGGAAGUAUUUGCCUGACAGGGUCUGAUAUAAUUUUUAUUCCAGCUUUACUUGUAAGAUCUUACUAAAUAUUUGAAGAUGUUUGAAGAUGGCUAUGUAUCUAAACACUUUGAUAGUGUAUGUACAUAGCUAGCUAUAGACACAGAUACGAUGACUUUCUAACUAUCAUAGUCAGCUUUCUUCGUGUUUACAUUAGAUUUCUAGUCAACGUCAGAUUUUAAAUUUAUUUCAUGAUUCAUUUCUUUCUGAUAGAUAGCUAUUUCUUUUUUCUUGGAUAGAACCCUUAAGAAGAGUUAUUAGUUUCCAAGUAAUUAUUUUCUUACUUGAACAACCUUAAUAUCAAGGAAAAUAUUAAAGAGCCACUGAAGAACUUUUAGAAUGACAAACUGAUGGUUAUACUUUUUAGAAUCUUUUUGAUAUUGUUUUAGUAGUCAAGGAACUGAUUUAGUAAAUAAGAAAUCCCACUUUAGUGCAGGGAAAAAGAAUUAAGUAAAGUAUUAUAAUUUAAAUGGGGCAUGACUCGUUAUAUGAUAGUGCAUUAUUAUUAGCGGCCGAAAGAUUGAGAUUUUUACCCGACAAUUUACUUUUUCCCUAGAUGGCUUCAGGCCUUGUCUGAUCAAAUUUUGUACGAUGGUCUACUUUAUUGUCACAUACUAUCAGCACUACUUUAUUGAAAUUGAUGAUAAGAUUAAGGUGAUGUGGAGUAUGGCAUGCCCUGAAGCUACUGUUAUGGAUCUCUCCACCGAAGAGCCUAUUCUUUUUGUAGCCUGGUUUGUUGUGGAAUCUUAUUAUGCUUCAAUGUAAUAGAGUUUUGGGUAUGACUGAAUGGAAGUGAUGGAUGGUUGUAACUAUUAUGUAGUGUGUAAAGAAUACUUUUUUUUCUGUUGCCUUGUGGUUUAUAACAGAAGGACUCUGUUACAUAAUGCAGACCUGCCACUCAUCCCGAUUUAAUCGGGAUAUCCCGAUUUAAUCGGGAUAUCCCGAUUUUUGGCCCCAAAUCUCAAGCAUCCCGAUUUUCCCGAUUUCGAUCGCCAGUAUCCUGAUUUUUUGUGGUUGCGUCUGUUCCGACCGAUUCUUAGAAAAAAAUA